GAGCUCUCCAUGUAGCGGAGCGCGGAGUCUGGCUCUCGCUAAUCAAGAUGGCGGAUGAGAGUGAGACAGCAGUGAAGCUGCCGGCACCUCCGCUGCCGCAGGUGAUGGAAGGGAACGGAAACGGCCAUGAGCAUUGCAGCGAUUGCGAGAACGAGGAGGACAACAGCUACAACAGAGGUGGCUUGAGUCCAGCCAAUGAUACUGGAGCCAAAAAGAAGAAAAAGAAACAAAAAAAGAAGAAAGAGAAAGGCAGUGACACAGAUCCAGCCCAGGAUCAGCCUGUGAAGAUGAACUCUUUGCCAGCAGAGAGGAUCCAGGAAAUACAGAAGGCCAUUGAGCUGUUCUCAGUGGGUCAGGGACCUGCCAAAACCAUGGAGGAGGCCAGCAAGCGAAGCUACCAGUUCUGGGACACACAGCCAGUCCCCAAAUUGGGUGAGGUGGUAAACACCCAUGGUCCAGUGGAACCUGACAAGGACAACAUUCGCCAAGAACCCUAUACCCUACCCCAAGGCUUCACCUGGGAUGCCUUGGACCUGGGGGACCGUGGUGUGCUGAAAGAACUGUACACUCUCCUGAAUGAGAACUAUGUUGAAGAUGAUGACAACAUGUUCCGAUUUGAUUAUUCCCCAGAGUUUCUUUUGUGGGCUCUCCGGCCACCUGGCUGGCUGCCCCAGUGGCACUGUGGGGUUCGAGUGGUCUCAAGUCGGAAACUGGUUGGAUUCAUUAGUGCCAUCCCAGCAAACAUCCACAUCUAUGACACAGAGAAGAAAAUGGUGGAGAUCAACUUCCUGUGUGUCCAUAAGAAGCUACGCUCCAAGAGGGUGGCUCCAGUCCUGAUCAGAGAGAUAACUCGGCGGGUCCACUUGGAGGGCAUUUUCCAAGCUGUUUAUACUGCCGGGGUGGUAUUGCCAAAGCCUGUUGGCACCUGCAGGUACUGGCAUCGGUCCCUAAACCCGAGGAAGCUGAUUGAAGUGAAGUUCUCCCACCUGAGCAGAAAUAUGACCAUGCAACGCACCAUGAAGCUCUAUCGACUGCCAGAGACUCCCAAGACAGCUGGGCUGCGACCAAUGGAGAAAAAGGACAUUCCAGUAGUGCACCAGUUGCUCACCAAGUACUUGAAGCAGUUUCACCUCACACCAGUCAUGAACCAGGAGGAGGUAGAGCACUGGUUCUACCCCCAGGAGAACAUCAUUGACACUUUUGUGGUAGAGAAUGCCAACGGUGAGGUGACAGAUUUCCUGAGCUUUUAUGCGCUUCCUUCCACCAUCAUGAACCAUCCAACCCACAAGAGUCUAAAAGCUGCUUACUCUUUCUACAACGUUCACACCCAAACCCCUCUUCUAGAUCUCAUGAAUGAUGCCCUGGUUCUCGCCAAAAUGAAAGGGUUUGACGUGUUCAAUGCACUGGAUCUCAUGGAGAACAAAACAUUCCUGGAGAAGCUCAAGUUUGGCAUAGGGGAUGGCAACCUGCAGUAUUACCUGUAUAAUUGGAAAUGUCCCAGCAUGGGGGCCGAGAAGGUUGGGCUGGUGUUACAGUAACUAGUUAUCAGUGAGAUUCUGGAUAAAGCCACUGAGAAUUCAAACCAGGAAAUGGAAUCCUAACACUUGUUGGUCCAACUUUCACAAACAUGAGAAUUCCUGGCAAGGGGAACAGAACUGAACCGGCUUUACCAAACCGCCAACGAACUUGACAAUUGUAUUGCAAUGGCGUAGGCUGCGUGAUGUCACUUUUGGCCGUGUCUCUGGUCUCCUGUUUUCAAUUAAUUACAUCUUCGUGCAGCCAUGAUCAAGGGAAUGUAACUGCUGAAACCUAGCUCGUGAUUGGCAUAUUAUGGAGUUAACGGGUGAAUAAUAAAAGUAUAUAUAUAUAUUAUAUAUAGAAAUAUUUUAAAUAUCUUUCAUGUUCCAAAUGUACAAGGAUGUUUGGUCUCUAAUGAAAAGCUGAAUCCAGUCAUUCCUCAAAAUUAGAACCAAGGACUGCAGUGGACAGGCACGUAUCGGCACAUUUCUUGUGUUUUCCUCAGAAGCAGGUACUGGCUUUUCUCAGGGGAAGCAGGACAAAGAGGAUCUGGGAACCCUCAUCCAGUCCCCCUUCAGAAUUGGCUGACCAACUGGUGUGAACAGGGAGGGAAGGCAGAGGGCCUGCCAGCUUAGGAGAGGGUUCAGAUCUCCAGGAUGGCAGGUUGAGCUCCGCAGUGGGACUGGCCCAGGGCAGGAGCCAGACUUCCUCAUUCUGAGACUUGGAAGUAGGGAUAAUCAUGGAAAUGGAUUUCUUCCAUCCCCUGGGCCUUCUCCCAUAGGAGAUCAUCCUGCCAAGUGAUUUUAAAAGGCUUUUGAGUUGGCUGUUGCCAACCUAACAGGUAUGUGUUCUCUGAGAGAUUUUGCCUUCACUGCCUCAGAUGGCUGGCAGUUUGAAGGGGACCUUGGACAUCCUUGUAGCAUCCGAGACCUUGUAGAGACCACAUCAGUGCAAGCCCUGCUUAACUCAUCUUAGAGCAAAGAGUCAGCAUCCCUGGGUGGCUGAGUAGGCAUGGUGUGGGCCGGUACGCAGGUCCUUCAGCCCUAGCCUCUGCCUGUGCCUUCCAGCCCAUCAGCCGUCUCUUGCUGUGCUCCCUUGUCUCCUUUCUAGGAUGUGAAGCCUGUAGUGGCAGCAAAAAAAUAGUAACUAGAGGCCGAUCUGGACUUGGCAAUAUUGCCGUUGUCUGAUUCUGAUUAUUGUCGAGGCUGUUCUGUGUAGUUCUCUCCAGAAGUAAUCAAGCCUCUGGUCACAUGGCUGCCCAUGUGGGCAUUCAUCAGUGGUGUUCAGCCUAGUGGCCUGGGAGGAUUAGGCUGUGAACUGUCAGCAACCACAUCCAGCUUCCUUGUAACUUUUGCUGUAGGAGAAAACCCGAACUGGUAUGCAAUGGAGCAUUUCCUUGCUCUUUCACCUCUUGGCUUUUGUUGGGGAGGUUUGUAUGGGAAGCCUUAGCCAGAAACCAGCUUCGGCCUCAUCCCAUGAACUAAAGCUGGUCUACAGGCGAGCAAGGCUUUGCUUCAGACUGUAGCUCCUGGUGUAGUUUUACAGAAACUAAUUGUGCGGCUUUCUAAGCUGAAGUGCUUAAGAUGGGGGCUAUGCCGUGUGUGGAUGCUGCCUGCUGUGUAGGCUGCUGCUAGAGGCAGCAGCUCUGCUGCGGUGGAGUCUCAUCAGGCUUCUAGGGACCUUCCUUCCCUUCACUGUCCUGUGCUGCAAAAUGCAAGCAGCAGUGAAGGUGGCUGACUUGUGACUCCGAGAUACCAAAGAAGCUGUUGUUCCUGGCAAGAUGUGCCCUGAGUUCUGCGUUUGGGAGGAGUCAGAGGGCAGGGGCUUGCCCUACAGCCUCACAGUCAUCAGACACUGUGCCCUAAGUGCCAGAGUGGGCUCACCCUGCCCAGACCUUCAAAGAACAAAGUGCUCAAGUCUUUCCUACCUUGGGUGGGGCCUGGAAUGUGGGAAGGCUCCCUGUCUUAGUCUUGAUCAGUUCCAGGCCAGAUCUCAGAUCAAGUUGCAUCAGAUUUGGGGUACACAAAUCUCUGGAGUGAGCUUUGGUUUCAUUGACCCCAGUCAUGGAACAAAACAGUGAGCCCCAGAGGACUGCUCUGGAAGAAACAGAUCUGCUGGCAACAUCUCCUCCCCCAAAGCCAGGCAGCUUGCCUCUCCACUUCUGCCGUUGCCACGUGUUGAGGGUCAUGCCCAGGUCUGCAGGAGCUGGCUCAGGGGUGCCUUUAGUCUUGUUUUUAUCCAAACUCUGCUUGUGGUCUUCAUUCAGUUCUCCUGGGAUUAGGGGCCAAAGAGCACCAUUGUGGGGUUCAGAGCCACCCCACAGUCUUUGUAGUAUGGCUGCACGAGGACUGGCUUGAACCAAACAAAAGAAGGAUCCUGGGGCCUCCAAGCCUGUCUCUGGCAGCCACUGUUGGAAGGCCUCUCUGAAUGUGCCCCACGCCUUCUGCUGCCCAGUCUUCUGGUUGCCAUGUUCCGAAGACCACCUUUACCUCCUGCCUUGGGAUUGACUCCAUGCUACCAUGGACUCCAGUCUGUAGGGAGCACGCUGGGUAGAAAGGCCUUAACUCCGGAUUGAGGCCUGUAUAGGGCUCAUUUUCCCACUUGUGCCUAUGUCUGAAGAUGCUGAUGUCCGAAGGUUGGCUCACAUCAAGCUCCACUAACACUUUUUAUGGAAAAUUUCAGACCUUGCUUUUCUUACCGCCAUUUGUCCCCCUUACUUGCUGGCACUCUGAAGCCUGGAGGCAGGUGUCUUUGAGGUCUUGAAUUCUUUCUCCAAGGAUGACCAGCAUUAAGUCAACCUGAGGGCCCAAAGGCUCUGAACAGUUUUCCUGGAGCUGUCUACAGUCUAGGAGAGUCUCUCGGGUCAGGUAAGGGGACAAACUGUCUCUUAUGGCCUGGUCUGCCUGCCCCAGAACCUGAGGAGACCCAAGGCCUCAGUUUUGCCCCGCUGCAAGUGAAGGCAGGCCUACAAGAUGGACUGCACCUGGGAGGGCUGUUUAGGAAAAUUUCAUUCUCAAAAUCUCAAAAUGCUGACUGACUGGCAGGCAGGUGCUGCAUCUGGGGACAGGGAAGGGGAAGCUUCACUUUUUUGUCUUGGCUUUUCUUCAGGCUGUACUGGGGGCAUUCAUUGCCAGGGUGGGGGCAGAAAUACCAAAUGUGUUGUCCCACUCAAUACGUCUCAUUUGUUUCUAAUAAAGGAAGCAGCUAAACAGA